AUGGUUAAUCUUGAUAAGUCUGAAGCUUCGUUCAGUCGAAAUGUGGUUGAUAGAGAUAAAGAUACGAUCCGUAACAGGAGGAGUGUAAAGACGGUGGAAGCUCACUCAAGAUACUUGAAACUACUGGCUCUGUUUGGUAGAUCUAAGAAAGCCAACUUUUCUCAAGUGAUUGAUAAGGUGUGGAAAAAGGUUAAAGGUUGGAAGGAGAAAUUGCUAUCCAUGGCAGGGGAGGAUGUCUUAAUCAAGUCGGUGGAGCAAGCGAUACCAACGUAUGUUAUGAGGUAUUUCAGACUUCUUGAAGAUUUAUGUAAAGAGAUUGAGUCUCUCCUCUCAAGAUUUUGGUGGGGUUCCUUAAAGGAAGAAAAAAGGAUUCACUGGUUGAGUUGUUCAAAAAUGGCUUAG